GGUAUUGAUGAUCACACUCUCUGCAAAGCCACCGGCCAGAGUGGGAGAAAGGAAGGUAGUGGAGCUGUCUUUCAGCCAUGGGCGAGUUCAAGCACCUGUGCGCGGCCAGGUUCAAGGAGGGCGUCGUGGUGGACGAUAUCAUUCAGGAGCUCACCAAGCUCGCCGCCGAGCUCGACGCCGUCAAAUUCUUCGGCUGGGGAAAGAACGUGCUGGACCAGGAGGCGCUCACGCGGGGCUUCACCCACGUCUUCGUGCUGACCUUCGCCACCGCCGAGGACCUGGCGGCGUGCUUGGGCCACGGGAAGCACUGCGCUUUCGGGGCUACGUUCAUGGCCGCGCUCGACGAUGUCGUCGUCAUGAACUUCCCCCUCGUCUUCGUCAAGCCGGCGCCUCCUGCCUGAUCCGCCUCUAGUACCAACAAUAUCACAAGAAUAGAUGGGCGGACCGGCGGACUACACAUUGUGUGGUGCUUUCUCGGAUACUCCAAUAAACAACAUCUUUUUUGAGAAGAUGAGUAGCCCCAAACGGCCUCCCAGUUUCAAAUAAA